GAGCCAUUUGUGUGUCCGUGGACUUCAAAUGGAGCGGUCAGUGCAGGAAAAUACCCUGCACUAUGCCAUCGGAAAUGUUCUUGUGGUAGCUCGGAUUUUUGGCGUACUUCCUCUUUCCGGAAUCGGACCUUCGAACAAGCCGGAAAAUGUUCGCUUUCGCUGGUUUUCGCCUGUUAUUCUGUUUUUCGUGGUGGUAUUCAUUUUUGUAAUCGGAGAUUUUAUUCUCUCUGCAAAGUUGGUGCUUCUUAAUGGUCUAAAGGUCUAUACUAUAGGUUCUUUGAGUUUCAGUGUGAUAUGUAUAUUUUGUUUUUGGGCCUUUAUAAAUAUUGCUCGUCGAUGGCCCCAUAUCAUCCGACAAACAGCGCUAUGUGAGCAGAUCUUCCUGAAACCCUGCUAUGGCAGCCAUGAAGGACUUAACUUCAGUCGAAUUCUUAGACGUUGGUCAUUAAUCGUCCUGGUGACCGCCCUGUGUGAACACCUCACCUAUGUGGGCAGUGCCGUCUGGAGCAACUACGAGCAGAUUCGGGAUUGCAACCUGAAAGAGGGAUUCGUAGAGAACUAUUUUCUCAGGGAGCGCCAGGAGGUAUUCUCAGUGUUUGAUUACCGACUUUGGAUGGUGUUCUUUAUCGAGUGGAGCACCCUUUCCAUGACAUUCAUCUGGAACUUUGGAGAUAUCUUCCUGUUUCUUAUAUGUCGGGGAUUGAAUAUUCGGUUCCAGCAACUUCAUUGGCGCAUUCGUCAAAAUAUGCGGAAGACCAUAACCAAUGAGUUUUGGCAGGAAGUACGUUCGGACUUGUUGGAUCUAGAUGAUCUCCUGAAGCUUUAUGAAAAGGAGAUGUCUGGCUUAAUUUUGAUCUGCUGCGCUCAUAAUAUGUACUUUAUUUGCGUCCAAGUCUACCAUAGUUUUCAAGUUAAAGGCGCUUUUAUGGACGAGCUUUACUUCUGGUUCUGUUUGCUUUAUGUGAUCGCCCGCUUGAUGAACAUGAUGUUUGCAGCUGCUUCGAUUCCCCAGGAGGUCAAGGAUAUAUCGAGCACACUUUAUGAAGUACCCUCAAGUUCUUGGUGCGAUGAUCUGGAGCGCUUGAGUGAGAUGCUCCGCAAUGAAUCCUUUGCCCUAAGCGGAAAGGGAUAUUUUUUUCUGACCCGAAGGCUCAUCUUUGCAAUGGCUGCUGCUUUAAUGGGAUACGAACUAGUGCUUUUCCGACAAUUGGAAGGUUCCGUAGUGCAGAAAAGUAUUUGCAGCCGUGGACCCGGCUCCUCCAUGAGCAUUUUCUUCUCUUACGUCAGUCGAGUUCGGAACAUGGCCAGGAUAACUGGGGAUCCUGCCAAGCGGCGCCGGUACAUUGCUCGCAUCAAAUUCUGGCGAAGAUCUCGAGUGGGCAGCGAUAUCACCUUGGGAAUCAUCAAGUACAGGGUCGUCUCAAAGCCUUCAAGGCAAUUUCAAUUUUCUUUGAUAAGAGCAUGGCUUCUUCGGAUCAGAAAGGAGGAUUACAAGUAUUGUGGGUCUUUUCAGGAAGCCAUUAAGCCAGUUCUCAUCAUCGCCCAGAUCUUUGCUCUCAUGCCAGUUCGGGAAGUGAGCUCCAAGUUCGCAGAAGACCUGAUCUUCACCUGGUUCAGUAUCCGAACUUAUUACGCCUUGGUUACCAUCCUGUGCUUUGGUAUAACUUCCGGGUAUCUGGUGGCUUACGUGACGAAUGUGGCUUUCGAUUUCGAUUCGGUGGAGACUUUAGUAUUUUAUUUAUCCAUAUUCCUCAUCUCUUUGUCGUUUUUGCAACUGGCCAGGAAAUGGCCUGCAAUUGCUCAAGAAUGGCAGUUAGUGGAGUCUAAGCUACCACCUCUCAAAUUGCCCAAGGAACGCAGAUCCCUGGCCCAGCACAUCAAGAUAAUCACUAUUGUGGCCACCACUUGCUCGCUGGUGGAACACAUAAUGAGCAUGCUGUCCAUGGGCUACUACGUAAACUACUGUCCCCAUUUUCCGGGUCAUCCCAUGGACAGUUUCCUGUACAUAAACUACUCUACAAUGUUCUACUUUGUGGAAUACACCACUUUUCUGGGGAUCUUGGGGAAGGUGGUCAAUGUCUUGAGUACUUUCGCCUGGAACUUUAAUGACAUCUUCGUGAUGGCUGUUAGUGUGGCUUUAGCUGCCCGUUUUCGACAGCUUAAUGAUUUCAUGAUGAGAGAGGCUCGAUUGCCCACCACUGUGGACCACUGGAUGCAGUGUAGGAUUAACUUCCGGAACCUUUGCAAACUGUGCGAGGAGGUGGACGAUGCCAUAGCCACCAUUACCUUACUCUGCUUCAGCAACAAUCUGUACUUCAUCUGUGGUAAAAUCCUCAAGAGCAUGCAGGCCAAGCCAUCUAUUUUGCACACCCUGUACUUUUGGUUUUCACUGGCCUAUCUACUUGGUCGCACUCUCAUCCUGUCGCUCUAUAGCUCCAGUAUCAAUGAUGAGUCCAAGCGACCCCUAGUCAUCUUUCGUUUGGUCCCCAGGGAGUUUUGGUGCGAUGAGCUAAAGCGCUUUUCGGAGGAGGUUCAGAUGGACAAUGUGGCUCUGACAGGCAUGAAGUUCUUUCGUCUCACACGCGGCGUUGUCAUUUCGGUGGCCGGUACCAUUGUGACCUACGAGCUCAUUUUGCUGCAGUUCAAUGGCGAGGAAAAGGUGGCCGGCUGCUUUGAAAGCUGAACUUUGUGGGAG